AUGCAGAACGAGUGGUUAGACAUAGGAGAUUUUUGCAUCCCAUUAGCAUUAAAAUGGCGCACUUUAAUUUAUGAUUGGUCGCCAGCAUUGCUAAAAUUCUAUCUCAAUGCGUUCCAGAUGACUCUCCCAGAUCAGAGUAAUUUAGUAAGAUGGGGUAAAAGUACCGAAAAAACUUGCUAUAUCUGUGGAAAGGCAGUUGGAACUGCUAAGCAUCUGCUGGUGGGAUGUAAGGUACUCCUUGACAGCGGUCAAUACUCGCGUCGUCACGAUAGGGUUCUAGAAGUCAUACGUGAAGCGGUUAGUCUUUCGGUAGCCAGAGCGCAAAAGGGAAUAACCACAAACGAACGAUCAGUAGGUUUUGUGAGAGAAGGCACUAGGGCUACAAAAUCAAACGUCAAGCCUUACUCCAUCCUUAAAGCGGCGUCGGAUUGGACUAUAAUGAUGGACACGUAUGAAAAACAAUAUAAAAUCCCCGAGGAUAUUUGUGCGUCGGCCUCCAGACCGGAUAUAUUUUUGUUUUCGCGAAUUUUAAAGCGCGUAGUGAUGAUAGAGCUUACGGUCCCUUGGGAAACCAACAUCCCCAAAGACCAUACCAUCAAGGUCAACAAAUAUUACGAGCUCACGAACGAACUCACUCGAAAUAGGUUCGUAGUAGAUUUGUACGCGGUAGAGGUGGGAGCGAGAGGUAUAACAGCGAAAUCUCUCUAUAACCUACUAAAGGACUUGGGCUUGUCCAGAACUCACAUUAAUGCAUUCUUGGAACGUACAUCGAAGGCAGCCCUAGUAGGUUCUUUUCAAAUUUGGUUAGGUAGGGAGAGGAGCUUGGACAGUGGAGGUGAGCGUAUAACGCGCGUUAGUUAA